CCUGUUGCUAGGGCCUCAGAGUUGGGUAGCAACAGGGCGGAGGGUGCACAGGCCCGUGUGGCGCGGGGAGUGCCGGGAGCUUGCCAGGCCUGGUUGGGUCCUGUUCCGGGGUGCGCUGCCAUGCAGGGGUCCAUGGUCCGGCGGACGCAGGAGUUGCUGGGGCGAGUGAUUCGGAAGCCGCCUCUUACAGAGCGCCUUCUCAGCAAACCUCCCUUCCGCUAUCUGCACGACGUGAUAGGGGAGGUAAUUAGAUCAACUGGUUUCAUGAAAGGACUAUACACAGAUGCAGAGAUGAAAUCUGAUAAUGUUAAGGAUAAAGAUGCAAAAAUCAACUACCUUCAGAAAGCAAUUGAUGUUGUCGUCAUGGUGACAGGAGAACCAUUAGCUGUGAAACCAGCACGUAUUGUUGCUGGACAUGAACCUGAAAGAACUAAUGAGCUGCUCCAAGCAAUUGCCAAAUGCUGUAUCAAUAAGCUGUCCAGUGAUGAAGCUGUUCAAAAAGUCCUUGCUGGAGAGAAAGCUGAUAUCAAAGGAAAGACUACAUCUUCUUCUAAACUCCAAAACAGAGAAUCUAAGACAGAAGAACAUAGAUCCCAUAAAGAGGGAAAAGGUGACACUGAAAUAAAGGACAGAAGCACAAUUCAAGACCAAAAAUCCAAAGAGGAGAUCAAAGAGGAAGAUAGAAAACAGAAAGAAAGUGACAAACAUAAAGAUUACGAGAAUCGACACAAAAAUCUUGAUAAAGACAAUUCUAAAGAAGGUGAAAAACAUGAAAGAGAGAAAAACAAGAACAGAUCAUCCAAACAGGGAAGAGAGACAGAGAAAAACAGAGACAAAGAAAAAGGAGAUGGAGAAGGAGAAAAGGAUACAGAACAUGAUAAAGAAAAGGAAAGGAAACAUGAGGGAAGAGAAAAGGACAAACUAAGAGAGAGAGAGAGAGAGCGGGGUAGGGACAGGGAAAAAGAACAUGAGAAAGUCCGAGAAAGGGGAAAAGAUAGAGAAAAAGACAAACGAAGGGAACGAGCCAGAGACGCAGAACAAUCGCGAGAACAAGGAAAAGAUAAAGCAGAUAAAAAGGCCACAGGAUCUGAUGACGGUGUAAUCAAAAAACCAAUAUCUGUAAAAGAUAAGGCUGAACUAGAUAAAGAAAGUGAAAACUCAACAAGAUUAUCCAAGCAACAUUCAACAAAGGGACCAAGACAACGAGCCAAACCUGGUGGUGAAGGACGGAAGGAAGCUAGUAAGAGUGUAUCUAGUGGUAUAAUUGACAGAACAGCUAGCAUAUUAAAAGAGAAAGUCGAGCCAGUUUUUACACCACAGGAGCCAGGUGAAUUGGCCAGUGAUGCAGAAGGAGAUGUUCUGAACUCGGCUGCCCCUGAAAAAAUAGUGGCUUCUGAGAAUAGUGAAAUAGCCAAUGAACUUCCUCCUCAUAUUGCACAAAGAAAACUGCCACGGCCCAGCAGUGCAAGACCAGCUCCACCCCGGAUAAAACGCCAAGAAAGUACAGAGGUUUUACUGCCAGAGAGAAAUGGCAGUGCCAAAAUAGUGACAAAUGUUAUUAUAGAUAAAGAGGAGGAGGAUGACGAUGACCAGUUUGUAGUGGAGGCAGCACCACAGAUGACUGAAAUGACAGAAAUGGCAACGGAAGCAGCUGUAGAACUGGAAGAAGAUGAGAAGCAUGGUGGACUUGUAAAAAGAAUAUUGGAAACAAAGAAAGAUUAUGAGUUAUCACAAUUGCCAAAAUCUUCUGAGAAGGAAAAGCCGCUUUUGUCAGAAGCAGCAAGAAGAAAGGAGAAGGACCUUGUAUCAAAAGAAAUAGAAAAGUUUCGUGGAUCAAUUCAAGCCCUUUGUCGAAGUGCUCUCCCUCUUGGUAAAAUAAUGGAUUAUAUUCAGGAGGAUGUGGAUUCCAUGAGGAAUGAACUUCAGAUGUGGAAAAAUGAAAAUAAACAACUCGAGGAGGCCCUACAGAAGGAGCAGGGUAUCACAGACAGUGUUGUGGAACCCCUGAAAGUAGAGCUUGCAGAGCUGGACCAGUUGAUCAGAGAUGAACAAGAUAAGAUUUGUGCUAAAAGAGCUAACAUUUUGAAGAAUGAUGAAAAAAUUCAGAAGAUGAUUCAUAAUAUCAACUCAAGAAGGUGAACAAUGUAAGAAUGAAGGGAUGGAACUGAUUUUUUUUAAAUUCUGCUAAAUAAAAAUGAGAAAGAAACAAUAACAUUAUGUUGUGUGCAAAUAAACUGUUGUGUACAAUAGCUUAUACAAUUUCAGGUUAAUUUAUUUGCAUGAUUGUGUAUGGCCUACUUGAGAGAUUGAUAUUAUUUAGGUAAAAUUUGCCAGUCAUUUUGUUUGUAGCUUUUUGAAGGAAAAAUGCAAUGCAAAUGCCUAUUUUUGUAUGCUUUCUGCUGUUGUCAGCAGACUUCAGUUUCUUAGAUCCUCUAUUAUCAACAUCCUAUGAUCAAGCUUUGCACUCUUCAUAUCUGAUGAAUAUAUGGCUCUUGAACACUUAAAAGCUACACUGCUACAUAAGUAAAAUAACUUUGGGAAUACCGAGGUUUUUGGAGUGACCUGAAAUACUUCCUUGUGUUGGCAAAUCUUUUGAGAAAAUAUAUAAAGAAAUUCUUGUAGAUCAAGAAACAAAAUUUUGUUUGUUUGUGCUUUGAUAAAUCAUACAGCACAAAAAAUUAGAAAAGAUGUUUAUCUGUGCUAUUAAUUCAAUUUGUCUUGCCUCGUUUACUUGGAAGUGACUCAUAUGGACACAUUUUUUCCCUCCUAAAUGCACAGCCAUAUAUGUCUUUAAAUCAUUUUGAGAAAACAAAUAAUCAGCAGGGAGGCCAGUGUAUUUAUUUGCAUACACACAUACACACAUGUGUCUUGUCUCUUGUCACCGAUAUCUCAAUGUGCUUCUGAAGAGUCCUUGCCAUAUUUAUUUUCAGGAGUCCACAUAUCUUGGAUGGCCUUUGUAGCCAACCAAAAUCUGUAGUCACCAGGACCCUUAGUUUUGGAGAUGCUUCACAUGUCUCUGCAAUGUUAUCAAGGAUAGACCACACACCCACACCAGCUUUUCAGCUCUGAGCACCAGAGGAGGGUUGGAGCCUGUCCCUGUUGCAUGGUGUUAACACUUCAAAUGGUGUUAGGAGUACCUCCAAAACAGUGCAACAUAAUGAAGUUUGUGAGUAGGGAUUCCCCACAGUUGUGCUGUGCUUCUAAGGUGCUUCAAGUGCCUUAAGAGCAAACACCACAAACAAUCCCUCCUCAGCUCCACUGGGAACUGUUCCUACAGAGAGCUACCCUUCUGAGAUGCUCUGAGCCUCUCCUGAAGGAAUUAGGCCAAUCCUCAGCUCCAAGUAAAAGAGGAGGUUGGCUUGUGUUGCAUUGUCUGUCCAAGACACUUAGAACCCCUUGGAAACACAGUGCAACUGUACAGAUUCCUUUACAGCUCCCCUUCCCAGCUUCAGGCCUGGGAAGAAGUCUUGGACUCAUCAUGAUUACCAGAGGUGGGGUGGAACACUCACAGUAGUGAGCAGAUCUGUGGGCUCUUUCCAGUUCAUAUAUUCAUGUAUUUGGAAAGAAUAGUCCAGUGUCACACAAACAUUAUAUGCUACAUAUUGUCUGAAACUAUUGUGUGUGGUGUUUUUUUUAAUUCGGAAGUUAUGUCAUAAUUUCAAUCAACGUGACUUGUGACUUGAGUUUCCAAUGCCUUUUUUCAGUUGCAGCAACUUGACGGUAUCACACUUUCCAUUUGCAGAUCUAGAAUAUAUUGAUUUUCUAAUAAAGUUAAUGGGCUAGUUCUCAUUAUCAUUUUGAUUGUCUGUUAAACAAAAAAUCUGAGUUCCUGGCAGCUCACACACUCCUGCAGAGCGCAUUGUGAGAAACCGAAACUCCUUUUCCUGAUCUCAUAUUAGAGCUGCACUCAACUGACAUUUACCCAGGACUGAUAAUCUCAGAUUUGAACUCAGUUUGUUGAUCUCGGGUAAAUGUCAGUUGAGCAUGGCUCUAAUCUAAGAUCAAGGGAAAAUUUGGGGUUCUCACAACACAUUCCACAGAAGCACACAUGCUGCUGAGAUUUCAGAUUUUGAUUUAACUGCCAUUAAAACUAUUGUGAGAGCCAUCCCAAUAUUUCUCAUGAGUUAAGUAUGGUUUACUAGAUGUUAUGCAGAAGAGAAAUUGAGAAAUUAUAAUAUCUGUAUUUUGAAGCUUUUGAUGUUGUGUUCUUUGAGAAAUCUGGAAAAAUGUUAAAGCCUGAGGAGAUGCCUUCUUGCAGUAUUUCAUGCAACUAUGUAAUAGAUUGUGGGGCAGUUUAUCAAUCUGACACCCUGAAGGUAACAUUGACUUGGAAAUAAUGAAAUUCACUUCCAAGAAAUUUGAUGUGUUUAGGACCUGUGUAUGGUUUGGUUCCAAGUGUGCUUAACUGAUGGUAUUUUGGUUCCAAAAUGAAACCUUUGAUUGAAACCCUUCUGACUAUAUCAAGAUGCCAUCUUCAAACUCCUACCACUAUUGUUUUGGCAUAUAUGUCUAAAGAAUCACUACAGAAAUGCACUUUUGCAUGGGUUACAACUGAAUAAAAUAUCAGCUUGCAAUCCUAGAAAGAGGUGGUAGAAUGAAACUUGGAAAAAAAAGUCAUAAGAUAGGGAUGUGCAUAAACUGGUUUGUGCACUCACAGGAGGCGGGGCGGGGGGCUUUAAGAGGUAGAGAGGGUCCCCUUACCUGCCCCAACAGUCUCCCUCCACCAGUGCUGCCCCAGAAAUUGCUGGUCCAGGGCUGCAGUAUACCUGCUUUUGCAGCCCCAGUGAACAUCAUUCCAGAAGUUGCCAAUGCACGUGUGCAUGGCAUGCAUGCACAGUGGCCACUUCCAGUACAACGUUCACCAAGGCUGCAAGCAGGUAUGCUGCAGCCCUGGACCAGCACUUUGGGUGGCAGCCCAAAGUGGGGGGAAGUGGCGGAGCAGGUAAGGGCAUCCUCCCUGGCCCUUAAAGGCACCCCCCACCUCCAAACCAGCUUGGACGCCAGACUUCGAAACUGGUUCAGCACUCCACAAAAAAUGGUUCAUGCACAUCCCUACCAUAAGGCAUUUGCAACUGUGUUUAAGGUGCAGUCUCUUCAAAAUGCAUGCCAUAUAUAGGAGCCAUUGCUCUUGGGACAUUAGCUGUCAUACAUUUUUAACUUGAUCCAAAAUACUAAAUCUGUCACAUUCCUGUGUGGGCCUGUUUACAUUUGUGCUGAAAGAAUCAAACAUUCUAUGUCUGAGUAAAAAAAUGUACAGGAUAAAAUAUUUGUAUUAUAAAUUUAUUUUCUUUUUAUAUAACAUAAUUAAAUGACUCCUUUUUCUAUGAAUAUAAUUGUUUUGGACUGUACAGCUAUUUUUGAAAGUCAAUAAAACAAAAAAAACUUGAA